AUGAAUUUUAUUAAUUUUAAAAUAUAUAUCUUUUUUAUCUUAUUUCAUACAUUUAUAUUAUCGAAUACGAAUAUUCCAAGAACAAAUAAUAAUAAAAAUAAUAAUCAAAAAAAUGUAACAAACGAUACAACACCUUUAGGGACAAUAAAGGAUAUAAUUGCAUUGGAUUAUAUAAGGGAUUUGUUAAAACACAUUGAAUUAAUAAAAGAUGAAAUAAUCAAGGAUAAGUUGAAAAAAAUUAAAUUAUUAAAAAACAAUAAGAAUUUAAUAAAGAAAAUUGAAAAUUUAGAGAAAGGAUUAAUUGCUACUAGACUACUUUGUAAAAAUUAUAUUAAAAAUGAAUUAAAAGAAAUAAAAAUAAUAAAAGACCAAAUUGUAAACGAAAAAAUACAACAAUAUAGAGGUAAGAAAGAAAAAUUGAUAGACACUGAAUUAAAUAAACUUUUUCUUCAAGAAAAAAUGAAAAAAGACAAAAACAAAUAUGAGCAAUAUAUGAAAAAACAAUUACAAAAUACUUUGUUACAAAAGGGAAUUUUAAAAACGAAUGGAAUUAUAUUAAAAAUAUUACAAAAAAUAAAUAAUUUAUUCAUAGAAAUUACAAAUGAUAAUCCAAAAGUACAAUUAACAUCAUGA